CAACAGCGCGUGCGCGGAGCGGGAAGCCCGGCAGGCAUGGCGUUCCGGCAGGCGCUGCAGCUGGCGGCCUGCGGCCUGGCGGGCGGCUCGGCCGCCGUGCUCUUCUCGGCCGUGGCGGUGGGAAAGCCCCGCGCGGGUGGGGACGCGGAGCCGCGCGUGGUCGAGCCGCCGGCGUGGGCGGGAGCCGUGCAUCCCGGGCCAGGUGUCUGGAACCCCAACUGGGACAGGCGAGAACCUCUCUCCCUGGUCAACCUCCGGAAGAGGAACGCGUGCUCUGGAGACGAGGACGUGGCGUCCAGGAUAGACAACUACAAAGCCAAGGCCACGCGGCACAUCUUCCUCAUCAGGCACUCCCAGUACCACACGGAUGCCCCCCGGGAGAAGGACCGCACCCUGACACCCCUGGGUCGUGAGCAGGCUGAGCUCACUGGCCUCCGACUUGCAAGCUUGGGGCUGAAGUUUAAUAAAAUCGUCCAUUCCUCCAUGACGCGGGCAGUGGAAACCACCGACAUCAUCAGCAAACACCUGCCAGGGGUCUGCACGGUCAGCACCGACCUGCUGAGGGAAGGCGCCCCCAUCGAGCCCGACCCGCCCGUGUCUCACUGGAAGCCGGAAGCUGUGCAGUAUUAUGAAGACGGAGCCAGGAUCGAGGCCGCCUUCCGGAACUACAUCCACCGGGCGGAUGUCAAGCAGCAGGAGGACAGUUAUGAGAUCUUCAUAUGCCACGCCAACGUCAUCCGCUACAUCGUGUGCAGGGCGCUGCAGUUCCCUCCAGAAGGCUGGCUCCGCCUCUCCCUCAACAAUGGCAGCAUCACCCACCUGGUAGUCCGGCCAGACGGCUGUGUGGCACUCAGGGCCCUCGGGGACACAGGGUUCAUGCCUCCGGACAAGAUCUCCCGCUCCUGAGGGCCACUCCUCACUGGGCCCGGCUCUGGCAUCUGGCACGGGGGCCUCCAAGAACACAGAGACUGGCCUCUGGCCGCUCCGCAGGCUACACUGCGGUCACUCCGUUUCUCUCGGACCAGGCGGAGGUGGAGUGAUGUCUACAUCGCCGCCGUUUCCCGCCCAGGAUGGAAAGGGGGAACGCUCUGGCCCUUCGGCGAGGCCUCCUCAUGGUGUCACCGUGGAGACCACAGCACCCGCAGUGGCCACACGAGCCCUUGAGGCACUCAACAAAGCCAUCGGCACCAGGGACUCGGAGAGCCCAGCAUUUCCAUCCGUAACUUAUUCCGCUUUGUACAUUCUCCACAUUUCUUAAAGCCUUUGGUCACUUUGUCAAUAAAGAUUUCCGUCUGUUCUUGCAUGGGAAACCACUGUCUCACUCCGAAGUCCUGUGUCCCUGAAGCUGUUGGGUGAGUGAGGCGAACGUAUAACCACUACACUACGGAAACAGCUUGCUGUUGAGUGUGAACACACCUGUUGUUAGUCUCUGGCCAGGUGAGAGGGGGUGCCACCUGCUGGUUUCAGGGGAGGGCCAGGGGGGAACAGCCAGGAGAGUCCUGUUUCAGUAAAAUAGCUGUCAGCUCAUUCUGUUUGCCUCUUGCUAUUAAACUUUUGUGCUUAUGGAUUAAAAUAUUUGGACAAUGAGGUGUCCAUCCAGAUAUUUACAAAAACUACAAUUUCUAUGAAGUGGUUAUGAACUUUUUCUGCAGUGCAACUAAAUGGGAUGUCUGAUCCAUGUCUCUGUCAACUUUGGAAAUAACUACGAAAAUAAAACUUUAUUUUACUGGUUUUCAAAGUACUAAUUGUGAAAUGUUUUAAAGAAACCAGAAGCCUGUACAGCCUGACAAAGGCAGCCACAUUGGCUGGGACACCCAGGAAUGACAGCUUUGCUGGGCAGCUGCCACCAGAGGCCUCAUGACAGGCCUGAGCCAAGACCGUGAGUCUUGACAUGACAAAUGGCAUUUUAGAAGCAGCAACCACACGCACCAUUUCUGGAACGUUUUGACAGCUAACCCAGGCUCUGUGCCAACUUCUGAAACCACAAACGGGACAGGAGCACGUAUGUCUGACCUCUAUGAGGCCAGGGAGCCCAGCACGACUGAGCUCUGGGCUCGGGGGGGCUACAGGCCUGAAGGUGGGGGGCAGGCCCUCUUCCCUGUCCUACCUGUUUGGUGGCAUUUCUGCCCUUUGUACAACCUGUGAGGAGCAAGACAGCCUUCCAGAAACCAGAAAUGAGCCCCCUCAAGGGGGACACAGCUAAAGAGCGGGAGGAGGGUGUUGGGCAUUCAGUUACAGUGACCGAAGGAAACAGGACAGGUGACCAGAGGCUUCUCACACGACAGGACCAGUAGUCAGCAAAAACCCUAUUUUAAUUUCAUCUGAGUAUUUACAGCAAUAUACAGCACAGCAGGUAAGAUUCUAGGAAAAACAGGUCAGCACUCUGAACAUCUGCAUUCUGAUUUCUGUUGAGAACAGAUGCCUUUUAAAAUGCCAUUGGCUUUUACAAUACAACGUUAUUUUCUGUCUUAUAUCUAGACAUGAAAACACCUUGUGUAGCCACCAUUAGAAUUUUUAAAUCUAAAUCUUGAUUCUAAUAUUCCUGACCUGCCUCUUGUUAUUGUGUGAAAUAACAAUUUUCAUGAAUGAAAAAGAAUCUCACACACUACAUUCUGAAAAAACAAG